AUGGAUGCAGUCACUUCUCCCAGAUGUGCCUGUCCAGGUCCUGAUCCACUCUGGAGGUGCCUUACAGAGCACGAUCCAAAAUAUGAAGGGAAGAAGAAACUCAAGAUCUCUGGCAGAGAGCUGCUGUCUGUUCCCAUACAGGUAUUUGGCUUGGACCAGCUGCAGGUGCUGGAGAUGAGCCCAGAACGAGAGAGCUCCCUGAGGUACAGGAUGGAGCUGCUUCCCCAGGAGAUUGGCCGUCUGAGGAACCUCACCUGCCUCUAUGUGGACUCCAACAACCUGAAGAAAAUCCCUGCUGAAAUUGGCACUUUGAGCUGCUUGGAGAGGCUCACUCUGAGCAACAACAGCCUGAGCUCUCUGCCUGCAGAGAUGGGAGCACUCCAAAGGCUGCACAGCCUCCACCUUGCCAACAACAGCCUCACUGAGUUGCCUGCAUCCCUCUGCCAGCUGAGGAGCCUCACAUUUCUGGAUGUGAGUGACAACAAAAUAGAUACCAUCCCCCCCAGCAUUCGGCAUCUGGAGAAACUGGAGACAUUGCUAUUGCUCUAUAACUCACUGGAGAGCCUUCCUGAGGAUUUCUGCCUUCUAAGGAAUCUGCACACACUUUGGCUGGGAAAUAACCAUCUACAGUCCCUUCCAGCAGCCUUUGGGGAGCUGGUGAACCUGGACUGGGGAUACAACUACUGCUCAUGCAAUUUUGAGGGGAAUCCACUGGAGAGUCCUCCCCCUGAAAUCUGCAGCAGAGGCCCUGAAGGGAUCAGAGACUAUUUCUCAUCACUUCAUAGGAUCUGGAGAGACUAA